AUGUCCGGGUCCUGCUCAGCUUCUGAGGAGACCGCGGGCUCCAGACAGCGACUCCAGAUGAAGGUGAAUGAAUAUAAAGAAAAUCAAAACAUCUCUUCUGUAUCUCUAAGACCAGUACAGAAUACAAUUUUAGAAAAAACAGUUAAGGUGUGUCUUGUCCCCUUUUCACUCCAUAAUUACAAGCCAGGCCAACUUAAGCUCCCCAAAUCCCUAUUAGAGAAGAAUUCUAACAAUGAAGUGGCAUGUAAGAAAUACAAGAAGACUGAAAUAAAGAAAACUUGCACAAGGAUUUCAACUUCAAAGAUGGAAGCCACUACAUCUUCCAAGGUAGAAUCCACUCUGCAAAAAUCAUCUGUAGAUGUUCACACAGAAAAUAACGAGCGACAACACAAGAGCACAUCUGAUACAGCGAUUCUCAGUGUUGAUAUGGAAAGCAGUCAGGAUGGAGACAGUGAUGAAGAUACCACAUCAGGCCCAGGGUUUUCAGGAUUGUCACCGUACGAAAGGAAGAGACUGAAGAACAUAUCAGAAAAUGCAAACUUUUUUGCUUCUCUUCAGCUGUCUGAGUCAGCUGCAAGGCUCCGUGAAAUGAUAGAGAAGAGACGGCCUCCUGAAUACAAAAGAAAAGAGCCUAAGAAGAAAGAAAAUGGGACUGGAUGUAGACAGUUAAUGAGAUUACUAAAUGUAGACCCUCCAGAAGUUUCAUUACCAGCAACCCCAACCACGCCAACAUUAGUAGCAGAGGAAAAUCCUCUGUUACCUCUCGGGCCUUUAGAAAUGACUCCCGAAAAUCGAGAUGACAACAGUGAACUAUUCAAAGACUUUCUACAGACCUGGGCUGAAGUGAGCAAGACAAGUAGUAAGAACGUUGAGAAGGAGUUAUCCAGUAUUAAAACCUACAAAGCCAAUUUAAGUGGCAUGGCCAUUAGUGAAGAUACUCCCUGUGAAGAUACUGUUUAUAAACUUAACAAAGGUGCAAUAUUCUCUAUGGCUUUCCACCCAUCAGAAAUGAAAACUUUGGUGGCAGCUGGGGCCAAAUCUGGGCAAGUUGGACUUUGGGAUCUGACUCACCAACCUAAAGAAAAUGGAGUUUAUGUUUUUCAACCCCAUAGAGGGGCAGUUGGCUGUCUUUACUUCUCACCUGCCAAUUCUGCUCACAUACUGUCACUGAGUUAUGAUGGCACAUUAUGCUGUGGAGAUUUUUCCAGGGCUGUUUUUGAGGAGGAAUAUAGAAAUGAAGAAAGUAGCCUUUCCUCCUUUGACUUCUUGGCAGAAGAUGUCUCAACUUUAAUAGUAGGACACUGGGAUGGAAGUAUGUCACUGGUGGGUAGACAGACACCUGGAACUUCUGAAAAACUUAUCAAUUCUUCUAUGAGAAAAAUAAGAACUGUCCAAGUCCACCCGGUGCAUAGACAAUAUUUUAUCACUGCAGGAUUGAGGAACAUUCAUAUUUAUGAUUCAAGGCGCCUGAAUCCUAGGGGAAGCCAGCCUUUGAUUUCUAUGACUGAACACACAAAGAGCAUUGUUUCUGCUUAUUUUUCACCUCUUACUGGUAACAGAAUAGUGACCACAUGUGCCGAUUGUAAGCUGAGAAUCUAUGACAGCAGCUGUAUAUCCUCUGAGAUUCCUCUCCUCACUACCAUCGGGUAUAACACCAUCACUGGGCAAUGGCUGACCAGGUUCUGAGCUGUGUGGGCCCCUAAUCAAGAAGACUGUAUCAUAAUUGGCAGCAUGGCCCAUCCAUGACAGGUGGAAAACUUCCACGAGACGGCAAAGCAGGUGCAUUCUUUUCUUGAUGGAGAAUACCUUGUCUCUGUGUGUUCCAUCAAUGCUAUGCACCCAACUCGGUAUAUUUUGGCUGGAGGUAAUUACAGUGAGACGAUACAUGUUUUUAUGAAUUAA